AUGAUUACUGGACAUUUUCUUGAGGACCUCCUGGAACGCCAGGGAAAACUACUUGUUGCUCUCGCUAGUGCUGCUUUUGGUUCCGUUUUUGCGGUCUUCGUGAAGUUAUGUGAUUUCUGUACACCCACUCCACCACCCUCCUCCACCAUCUUACACCCACCACCAUACACCCAUACCACCGUCUCCCCUCCACCAUCAUACACCCACAACCACCACCACCAUACACCCACCAACACCGUACACCCACACCACCAUCUCCCCUCCACCACCGUACACCCACACCACCAUUUCUCUUCCACCACCGUCACCACCGUCUCCCCUCCACCGUAUACCCCUGCUCCACCACCGUACACCCAAACCAACGUCUCCCCUCCACCACCACUGCUCUUGCUGCGACCACCUCAACAGCAUUCAUCAAAACCAGCCACCACCGCGGAACCUGUUGUGCCGUUUCUUAGAGAGACAGAGAAAGAUGAGAGGAAUGGGGGAAAGGAUAUGGUUUGGUGGUGUGUGUUAGGGUUUUUGAGGUAA